AUGAGAAAUCGAAUUCUUCUGACGAACCUCCCGACCAACGUCAUAGCCCACAUCCUCGCUCGCCUUCCUGCCAAAACCAUCGCCGCCUGCAAGUCCGUCUGCAAGCCGUGGCUCGACCUAAUCGCCAGCCCUUACUUCAUCUCCCUCCAUUUUUCCCUCUCGAGGCCCGCCUUAAUCGUCCACCACUACGAAAUGUUCGGAAGCCGAUUCAAGCUCCUCGAUUUCCACCAUUCCCAUGGCCUCUGGCAAAAAACCACCGCGAAGCUCGACUUCUCUGGCCUAAGCCCUCUUCCCGACGCCAACAUUGUGAUUGACGGCUCGGUAAACGGCUUCCUCUUGCUCCGCGACAUAAACUACAAGCACGAGGCACUCUACGUUUGCAACCCGUUAACGCGCGAGUUUUUCGGGCUUCCCAGGCCCGCCGGGCCCCUCCGGUACCCAAUGGCGGUCACCCAUGGAUUCGGAGUUUCUAUACUAACCGGAAAGUAUAAGGUCGUUCGUAUAAUGCACGAUCGCGAGCUUAACCCGGAGGACGGGACCUGCGUGCGGGUCCCGUCCUCCAGUUGCCAAGUCUACAAAUUCCAGGCUCGGGCCUGGAAAACUGUUUCCGGGCCUCCGGCCCGAUUCGUGUACGACAGCCGGCUCGUCGGGAUUUUUCUCCGAGGAAACAUUCACUGGUUGGUUCAUGACCUCGAGGGUUUCGAGCUGAUCUCGAGCUUUGACCUCGAGAGCGAGUGCUUCGUGAGUUUCCCGGGCCCGUUUCCGGGCUGCCGGAGGAUUUUGGGGAGCUUGGAAGUGUUGAGGGGAUGUUUGGCUUUGUGCGAUAAUACUGAUUGUGAGAAUAUCAAUAUUUGGGUGAUGAGGGAGUACGGAGUUGAGAAGUCGUGGUCGAAGGAGAUCGUGAUUAAUAAGAUGCAAGACCUCGCGGGCCUCUCGUUUCGAUUAGUUUUCGCGCUCAAGAUGUUUGACGACGGGAGCGUGUUGAUCGUGUGGGGCGACUUUUUCAUGCUAUGUUAUUGCGGGAGGAGCAAGUCGGUCGAGGGGGUUGACUUGGAUCGGCCGAGAGGGCCGAACCAUAUCGAGGCCAUUCAUCAUGUCCCGUGCUUCUUGAGCCUCAAGAGCUUCGUGCCGGAGAAUGUGCGCGUGUAUUAG